AGAAAAGGGCGGAGCUACAAAUACCUGUGACUCACCAUAAUGGCAGAUUAAAAACAGGACUAAUAUCAUUAGAGGCUGGUUAUAUUCACACACAGCUGUGUUUAAACUUCUUAUAAAAUGAUUUCUGCUUAAUCCCAUUUUAAGUAAAAGAUUCGUAAAGUAAAACAGAUUUGUUUCCUCACUACACCCAUUCCGAGAUGGUGACACUGGCAAAAAUGAGGAAGUGCAGUUCUCUCUUUAAGUGUGCAGAAAUGCUGCAGAUGUUUAAUGUGAGACAGAAGCUGUGGUCAUGCUGGUCACACGAGUGCUGUGCAGAGGAGCUCAUGGAUGGAGGCUCGGUCAGAGGAGACACAUUCAGCACUGCUCAGCUCUGGUGUACCGAGAGCAUUCACACAACAUCAACACUGUCAGGUUCAUACCCGAUCCUGUGCCCCAUCCCGGCGGUGGGGGGGAACGAGGGUGUGGGCGAGGUGCUAGAGGUGGGCAGUGAUGUCACAUCUCUCCGGCCUGGAGACUGGGUCGUGCCCAUAGAUGCUGGCUUUGGUACAUGGAGGACAGCUGCUGUGUGUGAGGAAGAUGAGCUCAUCUCCAUUCCUAAAGACAUCUCAGUCCUGGGAGCCGCCACCAUCUUCGUGAACCCCUGCACCGCGUACAGGAUGCUGCAUGACUUUCAGACACUUUCCCCUGGUAAUACAGUGAUUCAGAAUGCCUCUAACAGUGCAGUGGGACAGGCUGUGAUUCAGAUCGCGGCGGCGCUGGGCCUAAAAACCAUCAACAUCAUCAGAGACAGAGAGAACUGUGACCAGCUGAUGCAGGAGCUUCAGUCACUGGGAGCCGAUUACGUGGUGACAGAAGAGGAAGUGAUGUCAUCAGGUCUUCAUCAGCUUUUCGAGGAGGUCCCGAAACCUAAACUGGGCCUGAACUGCGUGGGGGGCCUCAGCGGAGGACUUGUGCUUUCUAAUCUCGAUUAUGGAGGCACAAUGGUCACAUACGGAGGGAUGGCCAAAAGACCCCUCCAGAUCCCCGCUAAGUCCUUUAUAUUCCACAACGUGACACUGAAGGGCUUCUGGCUGACCCAGUGGAAAAGACAGCACAGGACAGAUAAAGCCAAGCUGACGGCCAUGUUGGAUGCGGUGUGUGAGCUGAUGAGGGCUGGACGGCUCUCCGCACCAAACUGCGUACACACACCAUUUCACCAGUUCACACACGCUUUACAAGCUACAACACAAACACACAGCCGCAAACAUGUGCUCAUUAUGUAGACGCAAAAACAGACAACACACUCAGUGCACAUCUGUAUACAAGUACUGUACGCUUAUUUGUUCAUCUUAUUAUCCUAAAACAAAACAAAACCUGGAACAUCUGUAAAAAGAAGGCUGACAAACAGGCAAUAAAAUAAAUUUUGUGUAAAAAAA